AUGUGGUUGCAAUGUAUCACCGCAACGGUGUUGUUGGCCGCGGCCUCCUCGCGCGAAAUUUUCACAAACACCUUCCUGGUCCGUUUCAAGAGGUCGUUGCGUCACGAAGAGGCCCGGGACAUAGCCCUCCACCACGGCUUCGACAAUCUUGGCCCGGUACUCGGCUCUGACACAGAAUGGCAUUUUUCUCACCGUGGGCUGCCGCAAGCUCGUACCAAGCGUUCAAUAGCACACGCAAGGCUUUUAAAAAGACAUCCUCUCGUACACACGGCAGUACAACAGCCUGGGUUCAAGCGUGUAAAAAGAGGCUUUAGGCCUCUUCGCCUACCUGAAACAGAACCCGCCGCGGAGCCCCGUGACCCUUACUUCCCCUUACAAUGGUAUUUGAAGAACACGGGCCAGAAUGGUGGAAAGCCCAAACUCGAUCUUAACGUGGAGGCUGCGUGGGCCCAAGGAUACACUGGUGUUAAUGUCACAACAGCUAUUAUGGAUGACGGUGUAGACUACAUGCACCCCGACUUGAAGUUCAAUUAUAAUGCGGAAGCCUCUUACGACUUCAGCAGUAACGAUCCGUUUCCUUAUCCAAGAUAUACCGAUGACUGGUUUAACAGUCACGGAACCAGAUGCGCCGGAGAGGUGGCGGCAGCUCGGGAUAAUGGUGUUUGUGGUGUAGGAGUUGCGUAUCACUCGAAAGUUGCUGGUAUUCGAAUGUUGGACCAGCCUUACAUGACGGAUCUGAUAGAAGCGAACUCGAUGGGCCACGAACCCCACAAAAUCCACAUCUACAGCGCCUCCUGGGGACCAACGGACGACGGUCGAACUGUGGACGGACCGAGGAAUGCAACUAUGAGAGCCAUAGUCAGAGGUGUUAAUGAG